CCUUCUACCCUCCCAACCAUCCCACCAUCACCUAUUAGGUGCCCUUUCAGACGGGGACCGCGGCGGCCCUCACCGAAACCCUGGUUAGCAAGAGUGCUGGUUGGUUGGCUGACAGUGGGGGGAGGGAGGGAUUCAUGGUGUAAGAAGAAAGCGGCUUGGCCUUUUUUCUGAUGCGGUUCUGCUCACUUGCUGGCUGGUGGGCAGUGUCGUCGAUACGCCAUACAGUUGCUUUCCCUUCCAGGCUUUUCCAGGCCAUGUUCGUGAAGCACUGGGCGCAGCUGCCCUGGUUCCGAUCCUUGCUCCCAAUCCGCAGGCGGAGCGCCGGGGGACAAAUUACGAACAGACAGUUGGGGAGCUUGGAUCUGCCAUCCUUGUUCGAGAACAAGCAGAUAUGACGGACGUGACAAUUUCUUGGGGGCGUGUCUAGACCGCCUGCGCAGGCUGCGUCAACCGAUUCCCAGAAGCCAGGGUCUCCCCACCUCGCAGUUUGAUCCGCGUGAGAUGGCAAAUGGGUCCCCUAAACUAACCAACCUACUUUUUUGGUCUUUGCGUGCCUACGGUUACCGACACACUACAAUUCAUCGAAAAAAAAAAAGAUAGGGCGGACGGAUUCUAGCUAGAGAGGGAAAGUUGGUUCUUUCGAAAGAGUACAGGGUGAAGGGUUCCAGACUUUCCCUCACCUUUUUUUUUUUUUUUUUUUUUUU